AUGAAUGUACACAGUGCGCUUAUCCAUAUAAACAUAUAUGACCAAAUGUAUAUCAAUACGUUCAACAAAUUAAAUGUUCAAUUUCUAAUCUUCAAUUAUGUAAAAGGAAAACAAUAGCAAAUUUUAGACUGUAGUUUUAGUUACAAAUAAUGUGGAAAUUAGAGAGAUUUUGUAUCCAUUAUGAAGACUAACAUUUCCGUCAUUUGUAUCUAAAUUAAUGAUUAUAUUAUGAUGAUACAAUUUGUAAUGUCUUUUAAUUCAAAAUUAUGGCAUCUGGUAGUUUUUUUAGUUUAAAUUUAUUGUUGUCUUCUUAAUUUUGUAAUAAAUUAUGUAAAAAUGUUACGGAUCAUCUAAUGAUCAUUGCACAUAGUAAAAAUUCCAGAAACAAAUUAUUGUUUAAAUAAAUUAGUUUAAAUAUUUGGUUAGAUAAGCAAAUUGAUAAUAGCUGAUAAAGAUCAGAAUUCAUAGAAGGAUAUUAUUUUGAUGAUUCUGGUUUCAAAUCCAAUUUGUGACAUUAAAAAUGUUAGACUUAUUUCUCAUAAUUUGAUAAUUUAUGGUUUGAGUUGCAAUCCAAAUAAAUACAGGAGAUUAUAAGGACUAUCAUGA